AUAGUCUCUCUAACGUUACCGUUUAACGCGACUUGGUCCUCCUCUCAAAUCUCAAAAAGACUAAAAUCUCGGCCCAUCCGUUGGGUAAAAUAUCGACCAACUGCGUCAUUUUGAGCAAUAAAGGAAAGUUUUGCUGUUGUUGUUACAGAGAGGGUUUAAGUUUAAGCUGUUUAAAAAUCGAAGAAGACGAGCAUGUAUAAUCAGACGGGAGCAGAAAAGUUUUUUCGUGAAGGGUUCAGAGAUGUCUGCUUUCUUCAAGCUGAGGAGUUCAGUGACGGUUAGCUUGCUGGAUGUUGUUGUUGAAAAAUGCUAACGUUCAUAACUGACUCUCCCACGGAGCAUGUGCUCACAGCGGAGUGCGAUACUGAUGUCUUGGUGAGUUUUGGGGAGUCCUUGCACAUUUACACAGGACUCUUAACUGUGUCGGCAGUCUGUGGGGGGCUGACAGGAAUACUAGCCGCGGCUCUUCUCUACGUCUUCUGUCUGAAGCCUUUACUGUUGACCAGACAAGUAAGCAAAGUACUUGCUUCAUCUAGUUCUCCCAACUUCGGCACAUAUUUUUUGUUCAGUGCAUUUGGCACAUUUGGUUUCAUGAUUCACUCUGAUGUAGGGUUACAAUGCAAGGCGUCUGCUCGAACCUGAUGAUGGAGAUCUGGACAACAACCAAAGUGACUGUGUCAGCAACAGCAAAAAGGAGGCUCCAAGUGGCACCGAGGUUGACAAAGUACUACUCUUUCAUAAGUUUGCCUUAUAAUAGUGGACAUCCUUUGUUUCAUAGAGUCAGUAGUGGUAAAUUGAUGUUUAAUGCAACAGAGUAGGGGAGAGUGGGGUAAGUUGAGCCACCCCCUGUUGCUUGGAAAUGGUAAAAGAAAUUGAUUAUGUGACCACAGCUCAACUUACCCCGCUCCUAUGGUCAACUUACCCCAUACACGGGGUAAGUUGACCAUAGGAGACCACUUUUUUUGGCAUGCUUUAUUAUCAAAACAGUUAUAUUUACACUCAUUUUGUUGUUUUGCAGGGAUGCACAACAUUUUGAAAUAUAUGCAGAUGCACUAGUUAGAGACAAAACUAUGUUUGUCUUGAUGUAGUGAUCCGAAAUAUGAAAAAUGGCUCAUCUUACCCCACUUUCCCCUCCCACUGACCUAUAAAGUUUGUGUGCUUAUUGUCCAGGAGAAGAAGCAGCCACCUGUGAACAGUGAUGUUGCUGCAUUUGCAUCCAGAGCAAAGGUGGUUUAUCCCAUAAACCAAAAGUACAGAGUAAGUUAUCAUAAAUACAACGCGUUUUGUUUUUUAAGAAUAAGAAUAUAUCCGUAAAGAAACAGUUCAAAGGUAGCCAAACUAUGACACACAUAAUGCAUAUAAUGCAAUAAGAUUAAUUAAACUAUUUCAUCAGUUGUUUUUUGAUUUUAUCUUACUUAGAGUAUGUAAGUUGUCCUAAACACUGCCAAACAAGAAACUGAAAUUACACUCACAUCAUUCAUGCAGCCUCUUGUUCUUCUGCCAGCCACUUGCAGAUGGAGCAUCCAAUCCAUCACUACACGAGCACUCCAAGUUGCCUGCCAUGCCCAAUGAGGACUCCUCCUCUUCUACAGAUGGGGAGUCUCUGAGCCAAGAGCAGGAUAAUGAUGGCAGCAGCCAGUUCAUCUCCUCCUCGUUGGUUCCCAAAAGCCUGCAAAACCAGAGUUUCACUCGGGUCUCUCACUACCCUCACACACUGACAAAACCAGGGUAUGUCCCAGUAGCCUCCAAAUGUUAAACAAAAACCUAAAAUCUUCACCGAGUCUUCACAAGCAAGAGUAUGUUGGAAGUGAGCUUUCUUUUAUCUCUGUAGGUUUGAAGGUAGAAUCAGCCUUUACUGUUUGGCCCUGCAGAAUAUACAACAACAUUGCUCCCAGCUUCAGGAAGAAAAAUAUCUGGUUGGUUUGGACAGUUUCCUUCAUAAAAAUAGUAAAAAAUAAAAUAUAAGCACAGGAAAAUCAAAUGUAAGUUCUGCCCCCCCUUUUACUUUUUCUGCUAUAGGUAUUUCUUCAGAUUGUGAAAUUAAUUUGCAGCCACCGUUUUCCAAAAGACAAAAACCAUGCAGACAUCUCCAAAAAUAUUUUUCAAAUGCAAGAAAAGGUAAGAUCUGAAUUCUAUAACCAGCAAAUUGCUUUUUUUUAAACACAUCAAAUGUCCUUUGUUCUUUAUGUAAAAAAUUCACAAUUUAUUUUUAUUUUUUUCUUGAUUGACUUAUCACAGAAAGCUGAUGUUUAGAUGAUGAGUCGGACAAAAUUAUGUUGUCAUGUCAUUUUAGGAACUGAACGAACUGAAGAAACAGUUGCCAACAGGCCAUACUCACAGCAAUAAAAAUGAUGAUUUUCCCUGUACGUUGGAGGAGAUCGAGAGGUCUCAGAAAGAUCUUGUUGAACACGGCCUUCAAGUGGUAAACACAGAGCAGAAAAGAUAGUAAAAAUAAACAUUUAUGCUAUUUCCAACAGUAUACUCUUUUUUUUUUAAAUCAAUUUUACUUACACUAUCACUUCACAGUCCAGACGUUUCAGCAAACAGGUGGAGGACUUGUGCCAGCAGUUGUUAAAGAAAAGCAGCAUUCUCCCUCCAGAUGAAGCCCAGGAGUUGAUUCACUCUCUUACUCAGACUCUUGUGGUAGUAGAGAACCACCUGACGAACGCACAAGAAGCAGAGUUAAAGGUAAGCUAAUACUAUCAGUGAUUUGCAUAAACCUAUUUUUUAUGCCAGACAUCCCUAAAGACAAACAUGUAUAUCCGUUCUUUUCCACUUCUUUCAGAGGAUCCAGCAGAAGUUGUUGUGGUGGGAGGAACUGACAGGGCUUCUUCAGUCCCAGCCUGCCCUACUUAAGCGAGAGGUGGCGCUGACGCAGGGCUUGAUAGCAACAACGCUGGAGCAGCUGACGAGUGAUGAUGUAUUGACUUUCAGCCAAAUGGAAAAGAUCCUCUCUGAAGUUCAUGCAACUCUGACUGAAGGCCUCCAGCAGUGCACUGAGGGUGAGUUGCACGAUCAAAAUGAUUCCAGUUUUAAUCAACUACAAGAAAAUAUUUGAUGAAAAGACAAGACAGUAGACAAAAGCCAGACCACAUGUUGUUGCAACCAUCUUGUGUGUUGAACAAGGACCAAUUUAAAAAAGGUCUGCACAUAUAUAUUAAAUGUGUGUUAUAGUUCACACUGUAUUCAGCUCAUUUUUAUGUAAAAGGUAGCAAUGAAUCAUGUGUAGCCUACUUUGCUGACUUAAAUGACAUACUCUCUCAAAAUAGAUCGCUUUCUGGGAAUCUUCCUUCACUGCUUAAACAAGGCCAGGAUCUGAGGACAGCAGACUGCUUUAUAUCUGUUACUGCAUCUUUAACACUCACACACAGAGUAUUCAUAGUUGCAGGAAUUAUUUCUGUGGUUUAAGAUGUGUAAUAAAACACAUGUUAUUUAAGGUCAAAAUGAGUUUAAAAAAGACUGUUUCUUUGGGCUUAUGCAAUAGACUUAAAUAGUACUCAAAUAGACUUCAAGUACACAUGUUAAUUAAUAAUGACAAAAACUUUUGAAUUAUUAUAACUUUUGGUAGAUUAAUUUGCCUUUUGAUCAGCUGUAUAAAAAAGGUCAUCACAAGAACCUCACUAGUUGGUUAAUAUUAAACUCUGUGUGUAUUGUUGCUCACCUGCUUUUUAUGUGUUAAUGUAAUCCAAGUCCAUGAACACUUAGACCAUAGCCGUCCAGCAGCCUUUAUAAACUGGAUGCUGUUUUUAAAAUGCUUAACUGGUCCAGCUUAUCCCAGUGUGGACUUAUCAUGUUUCAGAUUGCACAAAGAAGACAAAAGAGCUGGUGGAUGACAAGUGCAGCAGAUUGGAUUCCAAGAGGAAGAAACUUUUAAGAAGCCAGACUAAGGAGAAGAGUUGUACCCUGGAACUGAUGCAGAAUUACACAGACCUACAGCAGCUCACCAAGGUAGAAAAAUGUGCUUCCAGCUCUUCAACAUAAAAAUGGAGAAGGCUAUAACAGUUUCACUGUAGCAGUUGAACAAAUUGAAAGACAGAAUUGAGACCAUGUUGGUUCAAACCAUCGUUGUUGGUUUUCAGAUUGUUACUCUAAACUUUGUGUAGAGUGUAUUGAAGAAAAAAAUUGACGAAGCGGAAUCAGAGAAGUAUUGUUUGUGUAGAUCCAUGAUUUCUUACCGUCCUCUAGGUGCAUCAAGAGCUGCUGAUGAAACACAGACAGCAGAUUUGUGACUUGGAGCUGCAGCAGGACAACAGGCUGAUUGAGGCUGUCGGUGAACAUUGGAAGGUGAAAGAUCUAGAAGCACUUUAGUUAAAUCUGUCUUUUAUCACAGAAUUGUGUUAUUGUAUUUCCAUUGUUCUUGUGGGUGUUUUUACUCUUUAGAAACUGCGGAUCUCCUGGUCAAAGAAGCUCAGAGAGCAAACCAAGGAUGUUUUUCUCACCUCUGUCCUUGCUCAGUCGAGUCUCUCCACUGAGCGCUGUGAGGAGCUGUGGUCAGAUCUGGAGCAGGAGAUGGUUGUACAGCUGCAGCGGGCAGAGUGUGCCACCAAGAUGCAACUGGAUGACAUGAGGGCUCAGCUGGAUAAGGAUGGACAGGUUGACCACAUGUGAAAUAUGAUGCAAUACAUGAAGCUUCCUGCUUGGUUCUUGGGCCUUCUUGUACUUAAAUUCUUCAGUGUGUCUGAAAAGGCUCUUUUUCCUCUGUUAGGUGUGGAGUGAGGAGAUGGCUUUGGUUCAGGCCUGUCUCAAACAUCUGAGAGAACAGCAGAUGAAGAUAUUACAGGACAUGAUAGCCAGGCAGAGCUACACACUCAAUGGGUAAGCUUGGAAAACCUAUGCUCCAAAGUGCUCCUGCAAUUUGAAAAGCUGUAUUUGACCUAAUCCUGCAUGAACAGCUUUUGUAAGAUACUCUAUGAUGUGGCCACAAUAUUGUUGUAUUUCUUAUCAUUUUUCAAUAAAAACUAUAUUCACAGUCAAAACACACAUAGUGUUAAGAUGAGGCAAGGCAGACCCAACUGUUCUAAUUCACUAUUUUUACAGUAAAAGCAUCAACUUUAUGCCAGUUCAUUUGUAGUUCCCUUUUUUCUUCCAUCUAACUGUCAGUACUGAUGUCCAGAUGAAAGAGAAUGACUGUGUUUUUUAUGAGCUUCUUUAAAAUAAUGGGAUGUUUUUCUUUUGUCAGCCAAGUGGGGAGGUUGAUAGAGAAGAAACAUGAGCACCUGUUGGUGGCGGUGCAGAGGUACUUUGUGGUGAGGCACUUCUGUCUGCACAUGCUGAAGGAGAUGAGGCUUUCCAAACUGAAGGCCCUCUCUCAAACCGAUUUCAGAGCUGAGCUAAUGGAAGAUCCAAGUAAAAGCCAAACUUGUGUCAAUACAACUCUCAAGGUGGGAAAAAAAUGCAUUUAAAUAUUAAUGCAUUUUUUGAAUGCACUUAAAAACAAAAAACAAGUUACAAGCCAAGGAAAAUACAAAAUGUGUCUGGCUAAAGUUGACAGUAGAUUGAUGCUGCCUCAUACUAACCACAGAGCAGCAGUGCCAGCUUAGCAGAGAGACAUCUGGGUCCAGAGAGCCAGCUAGUGGGUCACAGCUUCCAGCAGGAGUUCCUGUCUGAGCUGGAAACAGGGACGGAGCUUCUUCAGAGUCAUGCUCAGCUGGUGCUGGGCAAUGCCCUCAGCCAUGCCAUCCAGCAGAAGAUGGAGACCUCUCAUGCUGAGUCACAGACUUCUCUGAAACAUGACGACAGCUUAAAGGUAGUUUUUUCCUUGAGGAUUAUCUCAUAAAUCUCAGAAGGAUUAUAAUCAUCUGUCUAAUCAUUACUAAAGGUGUAUUUGUUUAUCCAGUCGUAAUCUUUUUGUCCUCAUCAGCGCCACCUGAUAGAGGCUGCCUCAGAGAGCGUGUAUGUGACCAAAGAUUCUCUUACUGCACUCGUCCAAAGCUACUAUUCCCACCUGCAAGACAUUAUGACACAGUUACAACAGGAUCAGUCAAAUGGACAUCAGGGUGAGAUGAAAAACACGGCACACAUGCACAUUCACAUCUGUAUUUACUCAGACACUGAAGUUAUUGCUGUGACACCUCUGAGCAAAAUGUAUUUGAUAAAUGUGAAGUAGUAAACAAAAUCAGUUCUGCAUUUGCUGUCUUUGUAAAGUCAUGGGAAAACAUUGCAGCUACGUUGAUGAUUGCUAGGAUUUGGUUUGCCUUGGUGGUUAACAGGCUGUGACUUAUUUAUCCGAAGUCUUGUUUUUGAGUUGUCUUAGAGAGAGCUUUCAGCCAGGACAAGCUCAGAAUCACAAAGUUUUUUUUUCACUUUGACUCUUUUGAAAAUGUUUCUUUCAGAAGUAAACGAGAAAGAAGAGAGCAGCAGCCAGUUGAACAGAUCCCUACUAAGAGAGCUGGUCAAUUGGGGCAAGAAACCAACUUCCGCUGAGUUUCAACAGAGGUUAGACAGCCGUGCUCCUCUCUGCAGUUUGCAUUUGUCUGUGCUAUGUAAUUUUUCACUCAAAUACAAUUAACAGGGGAAACUUGGUUUGUUCCUGUUUUCCUUUCAGGGUCGAACUUCAGAAAAGGAAAGUGUUGGAGCAGUCUGAGCUGGAACAGGAAAAGAUAUACGAGGAACUGAGAAGGAAGAAAGUAGCACAGGAUCAAACCAUGAAAAAGAUCAAAACACAGCUGCAGGUCAGUAUGUUUUUAACAUGAUCUGUAAUCUCCCUGACAACAGGUUGAUCACUUGAUUUAAAAGUUGUGCUUGCAUUCUGCAAAAACUUUGCUGGUGUGUCAAUCAGGAGGCAGAGGAAAACUUCAUAACUGAGGUUGCAGCCUUGGCACGAGUUACCCUCCACUGUCCAGAUCCAGAAGACAGCGAUGAGGAGAACAACACUGGUAAACACCUCCUUUGAGAUGCAAGAGAGAAUGUAUGAAUGCCACACAUUUGUCUCUUCUUCACAGUGUCGUAUUUCAACAGAUACUGAAGGGGCUACUAUUCUGGACCUGCUUGCUAGGAACCCAGCUUUGGACCCUGCCUUGAAUCCUUCAUUGACUCCAUCAUAUGUAGCUCCAGUGGUGAAACCAAAAUCAAAGAGACGAGAAUGAGAUUCUCAUCACAGCUGACAUGUGAACACAGUAAUGUUUACAUGCCAAUGUAGUUAUACUAUGUACAAAGUUGAUCCUGAAUUUUAUAAUUAUUUCCUAAAAAAGUAAUGUCCCUGAAUCUUUGUUUGGGCCAGUUUAGUAGUUCAGAAAGCAGCGCAGGUGUUGCUUUUACAACAAAGCAUCAUUCCUGAAUUCGUGUAACUGAUCUAUCCUGUAUUAUUUUAAAUGUUUUGUGUUUUUUUAAUGGAAAAAUGGAAAGCAGCGCAGGUGUUGCUUUUACAACAAAGCAUCAUUCCUGAAUUCGUGUAACUGAUCUAUCCUGUAUUAUUUUAAAUGUUUCGUGUUUUUUUAAUGGUUUGCUUGAAGGAUGUCUCUAAAAAGUGGCAACAAUUCCCUUUACUAAAUGAUAUUUUUGUAUUUGUCUUAAACUACUCAUUGUUGAAUGUCUUAAAAUGAUUUUAAAAAGUGUUCCCUGAGAGUUUUAUUCACUUUUUGUCCUUUUUUCCAAACAGUAAAUAAAACCAUCCCACUUCAA